UAUAUAUGUAUAUGUGUAUAAUUUUUUUCAAGCCAAUUGUUUUUUCAUAGUGCACGUUGCACUGUAAAUACAACGGCGGGAAGGGAAACAAAGCGUAGCGGAGGAGGGAGGAGCAGUAGGAGGUGCCAUGCAGGAGGAGGUAUCGAAUUUUGGCCAAUCAAAAAAAGGUGACUUGUGUGGACGUCAUUAGCAUGUGGGUCUGUAAAUAGAGCGGGCGCGAGGCGGGCGUUAGUCAUUUUCUGUUCGUUUAUUCGACAAGCAGCAUCAUGCCCGAUCCAGCCAAGACCGCGCCCAAGAAGGGAUCAAAGAAAGCCGUGACCAAGACGGCCGGCAAAGGAGGCAAGAAGCGCAGAAAGUCCAGGAAGGAGAGCUACGCCAUCUACGUGUACAAGGUCCUGAAGCAAGUGCAUCCUGACACCGGCAUCUCAUCCAAGGCCAUGGGCAUCAUGAACUCCUUCGUGAAUGAUAUUUUUGAGCGCAUCGCCGGUGAGUCUUCUCGUCUGGCUCACUACAACAAGCGCUCCACCAUCACCUCCAGAGAGAUCCAGACUGCCGUGCGCCUGUUGCUUCCCGGCGAGCUGGCCAAGCACGCCGUGUCCGAGGGCACAAAGGCCGUCACCAAGUACACCAGCUCCAAGUGAAGCGCGUUACCGCCGUCUUCAUCAACCCAACGGUUCUUUUAAGAGCCACCCACUUUUCAUACAAAGAGCAAUCAAUUUUCUUUCGCUUUCUCUCUUGCUGUGUGUGUGUGUGAGUGAGAGAGAGGGGGGGCACUUCUGAAGUGCUGCUCUCCCACGAAUGUUCAGGCUUUUGGGUAAUUCUAGCAGUCUGAUAAAUGCAGAGAUGAGUAAAUCUCAACAGGGUUGUAGCACGGUUUCUCGGGCUUGUAUAAUCUGAGCAAUGCAAAAUGGGGUUUUAGCAGCACAAAGUUAUUCAUAUUAAGACUAGCAACAGGAAGUAACUGAAAAUGGUAUUCUAGUAACAUAGAAAUUCAAACUAAGGUUCUAGAAGCACGUAAAAGUUCUAAAUACUGUUGUAGUAACAUGUAGUCAUUCAAAACAGUGUUCCAGCAGCACGAAGUCAUUCAAAAGAAUGCUCUAGCAGCAUAGAAUACAACACACACACACACACACACACACACACACAAGGCAAUAGCGGAGUUGGGAUAAAGGGCAUUAGGGUGACUGUGUUUUGUUAGGGUCAGGGAGGAAUCCGACCGAGCUAAAGAGGAGGAGGCCGGAUGGGCUGGCUGGUGCUAACUAGGCGUGCCUGUUUGGCCCGGGACUACAAGAGCGGAGCGGAGCGCUGCGUACGAGUGGUGAAGCCCUGACACUGGCAAAGACAGAACGAGUCUUCUGACCUACACCUAUAAUCACAUUUUCUUGUUGGACAUGCUUUCUCCCCUACAACUAACAAUGUCUUACUCUUGUCUUUGCUGCUCUGUUCAGCUCUUCCUACUUUCCUACUGACUGUUUCCCACCCACCUAGUCAACUUUUAUUCAACAUUUGUUCUUUUCAUCUAGACUUUAAAUUUAUCUACUCUUCACCAUCUAUUCAUAUGCUUUCAGUUUGAAUGAAAGUGAGCAAGUGAUUUCUAGCAUGCUAGCCGUGUUAAUGAAUGAUAGCGACCAUGCAAAGUUUGCUCAGUCGAAGAAUAGCUUGUUUCUCUAUGAAUGGGACUGUUGUGUAAACUUCUCCUUUGAAACUGCUUUAUCCUCUUUACUCUGAAGCUAAAAUUUUUAGCAUGGUUUCUCGGGCUUGUAUAAUCUGACGUGAUAAAAAAAGCUGGGUGAUAAUCUGGUCUUUUCUCUGGAACUGAACAUUUAAAACAUUGAGCAGCUCUGUGACGUCCACCAGGAAAGCCAGGUCAGAAAGCCAUUUCUUAUCCAUGGGCUCUUGAAUACUACCAAUCUCGCUUUCCUGAAAAGCUCCGAUCUCAUCACGCAGAUCAAAAAAUCUCCUGAGAACUUUUCCUCUGCUCAGCCAUCUAACCUCCUGGUGGUACAACACAUCACCAUAUUGUGCAUCCAUCUCAUCCAACAGUACCUUGAACUGCAGGUGAGAGAGCGCCUUGGAGCGUAUAUCAUUCACAAUUUUGACGGCAUCACGUCCACAAGCCCGAUGGAUUGGGCACAUAGCUGUUCUUGAUGUAAAAUACAAGAAAUCUGAUAGCUGGCCCGUGUGGCACUUUCUUGAGCUGAUGAAGGACAUAGCAGCGCGCUCUGCUCAGAUCGAAGUUUAGCAAGCAGCUCGUUAGCCUUCUGUUUUCAUGCCUCGCCGCUGUCCUUUGAGAAAGCUGAAGAACAUUUUGUUUCAUAAUGACGGAUUUUGUACUCUUUCAAAACAGCAACUGACUGCUUGCAAACUAGACACAGUGCCUUUGAAUUGAUUUCAGCAAAUAAAAA